GGCUCCCGGCAGGCGCGGGGGCUCGGAGAUGCCGAGGACCCCCGCUGUGUGUCCGGGCCCCGCUUGCGUGGCGGAAACGCUCCCAUCUGGUUGCCUGAGGGUCAGGGAUGUAGCGCCCGUGCCCGUGUCUGUCUGUCUGUCCGUCCACCGGUGCGGAGUGGCCGGCGGAUCGUAUCUCCGGAGCAGCCCACGGCGUCCACUUGGCCGCCUGGCCCCACUGCCGCCACCCAUCGGCUGUCCGUCUGUCCCACCGCACGGGCAGCCCCUGGCUUGCUGUCCAGGGUGACCUCUGCUGUCCCGCCGCCCAUCCGUGCCCCUCACGGACCGACACCUAACCGGACCGUCUGUCUGUCUGUCCUCGCCAGCCUCUGCCAGCUCCGGCCUGGCCCAGCCCCUCUGGCAGAAGGUGACAGGAGGGAGGAAGGGAGAGGGACCUGCAGGAUGAAGUUUGAACUCGGUUCCCUGGUUCCCUCUGGAAUGAGGGACUUCCUUCCCAGAGGUUCAGGAAUUGUCACCAGGCGUCCGCUCAUUCUGCAGCUCAUCUUCUCAAAAACAGAAUAUGCCGAGUUUCUGCACUGCAAGUCCAAAAAGUUUACAGACUUUGAUGAAGUCCGGCAGGAGAUCGAAGCGGAGACCGACCGGGUCACGGGGACCAACAAAGGCAUCUCCCCAGUGCCCAUCAACCUGCGGGUCUACUCGCCACACGUGCUGAACUUGACCCUCAUUGACCUCCCGGGCAUCACCAAGGUGCCUGUGGGGGACCAGCCCCCGGACAUCGAGUACCAGAUCAAGGACAUGAUCCUGCAGUUCAUCAGCCGGGAGAGCAGCCUGAUCCUGGCUGUGACGCCCGCCAACAUGGACUUGGCCAACUCAGACGCCCUCAAGCUGGCCAAGGAGGUCGACCCCCAAGGCUUGCGGACCAUCGGCGUCAUCACCAAGCUUGACCUGAUGGACGAGGGCACGGACGCCAGGGACGUGCUGGAGAACAAGCUGCUGCCCUUGCGGAGAGGCUAUAUCGGCGUGGUGAACCGCAGUCAGAAGGACAUCGAGGGGAGGAAGGACAUCCGCGCAGCCCUGGCAGCCGAGAGAAAGUUCUUCCUCUCGCACCCUGCCUACCGGCACAUGGCUGACCGCAUGGGCACCCCGCAUUUGCAAAAGACCCUGAAUCAGCAACUGACCAACCACAUCCGGGAGUCACUGCCCAACCUGCGCAGCAAGCUGCAGAGCCAGCUGCUGUCCCUGGAGAAGGAGGUGGAGGAGUACAAGAACUUCCGGCCCGACGACCCCACGCGCAAGACCAAGGCCCUGCUGCAGAUGGUCCAGCAGUUUGGGGUAGACUUUGAGAAGAGGAUUGAGGGCUCGGGAGACCAGGUGGACACGCUGGAGCUCUCGGGGGGCGCCCGGAUCAACCGCAUCUUUCACGAGCGCUUCCCCUUCGAGCUGGUGAAGAUGGAGUUUGAUGAGAAGGACUUAAGACGGGAGAUCAGCUACGCCAUUAAGAACAUCCACGGAGUCAGGACUGGGCUUUUCACCCCGGACUUGGCGUUCGAGGCCAUUGUGAAAAAGCAGGUGGUGAAGCUGAAAGAGCCCUGUCUGAAAUGUGUGGACCUGGUAAUCCAGGAGCUAAUCAGUACGGUUAGGCAGUGUACCAGUAAGCUGUGCUCCUACCCCCGGUUGCGAGAGGAGACAGAGCGAAUCGUCACCACAUACAUCCGGGAGCGAGAGGGGAGGACCAAGGACCAGAUUCUCCUCCUGAUAGACAUCGAGCAAUCCUACAUCAACACGAACCACGAAGACUUCAUCGGGUUUGCCAACGCCCAGCAGAGGAGCACGCAGCUGAAUAAGAAGAGAGCCAUCCCCAACCAGGGGGAGAUCUUGGUGAUCCGCAGGGGCUGGCUGACCAUCAACAACAUCAGCCUCAUGAAGGGCGGCUCCAAGGAGUACUGGUUCGUGCUCACGGCCGAGUCGCUGUCCUGGUACAAGGAUGAAGAGGAGAAAGAGAAGAAGUACAUGCUGCCCCUGGACAACCUCAAGAUCCGCGACGUCGAGAAGGGCUUCAUGUCCAACAAGCACGUGUUUGCCAUCUUCAAUACGGAGCAGAGGAACGUCUACAAGGACCUGCGGCAGAUCGAGCUGGCCUGCGACUCCCAGGAGGACGUGGACAGCUGGAAGGCGUCAUUCCUGCGCGCCGGCGUCUACCCCGAGAAGGACCAGGCGGAGAACGAGGACGUGGGGCAGGACACCUUCUCCAUGGACCCGCAGCUGGAGCGGCAGGUGGAGACCAUCCGCAACCUGGUGGACUCGUACGUGGCCAUCAUUAACAAGUCCAUCCGUGACCUCAUGCCAAAGACCAUCAUGCACCUCAUGAUCAACAACACCAAGGCCUUCAUCCACCACGAGCUGCUGGCCUACCUGUACUCGUCGGCUGACCAGAGCAGCCUCAUGGAGGAGUCGGCCGACCAGGCGCAGCGGCGGGACGACAUGCUGCGAAUGUACCACGCGCUCAAGGAGGCGCUCACCAUCAUCGGCGACAUCAGCACCAGCACCGUGUCCACGCCCGUGCCCCCGCCCGUCGAUGACACCUGGCUGCAGACCACCGCCAGCCACAGCCCCACUCCACAGCGCCGACCCGUGUCCAGCAUGCACCCACCUGGCCGGCCACCCGCAGUGCGGGGCCCCACUCCGGAGGGCCCCCCCCUGAUUCCUGUGCCCGUGGGGGCUGCAGCCUCCUUCUCGGCGCCCCCCAUCCCUUCCCGGCCUGGACCCCAGGUGUUUGCCAACAAUGACCCCUUCUCAGCCCCGCCGCAGAUCCCGUCCCGGCCAGUGCGGGUACCCCCUGGCAUCCCCCCAGGAGUCCCCAGGCGAACACCUCCAUCGGCUCCCGCCCGACCUUUCUUCUGAGCUUCGUGGAG